AUGGCGGCAAGGAAUGCCAGCAUCCCUCAGCUGCUGCAGCAGAUGUCAGAUAUUGACUUGGUGCGGUGUUUGCGGAGUCUCGUUGGCUGCUUUUCUUCUGCUACACUUUUAAAAGUUUUGCUGUCGCUCGGCAAUGCAGCAAAAGACCGCAGCAACUUCUUCAGACAUAUUUACUGCACUUGUUUAGUGUUGGAGCUGCCCGACCCUCUGCUUGCCCCCGUCGUCCCUGAGCUUCUCACUGUGUUGACGGAGGGUAUUCAAGAAGAGAGCAGCGAGGUUCGCGCAGAUAUCUUGGAGGUUUUGUCAGACCUUCUUUGCUGCCGGGGAGCAGCAGCAGGCUGCGGUAUUGCUGCUGCAGCAGCGCAGCAGCAGCAGCAGCAGCUGUCUAUACACCUCAGACGCCUCCUCUCAUGCGAUCUCAGUGCUGGAAGAAAGGCAGCCCGCUGUAUCGGAGGCCUUGCAGCCAGACUACCUGCUGAAGAGCUGGCGUCUCUUGUCUGCGCAUUGAUGAAGGGCCCCCGAUUAUUUGUUUGCUCGCUGGAAGCUCUUGCUGAGGUCGCAGCACACUGCAGCAGCAGCAGCAGCAGCAGCAGCAGCAGCAGCAGCAGCAGCAGCGGCAGCGGCAGCAGCAGCAGGUGCUUUGCGGCGCUGCACCCUUUUAUUUCUUUGUAUAUUAUUAGAGCAGCAGCUGCAAUAUUAAAAGACGAGGAAGAAGCUGGAGGCAGCAGCAGCAGCAGCAGCAACAGUGUGUCUGCUGCUGCUGCUGCUGCUGCUGCUGCUGUUGAGACCGCUGCUGCUGCAACGACUGUCUGCUGCAGCAGCUACCAGAGCAGCGCAGCAGCAGCAGCUGCAGCAGCAGCACAAUCUCCUUUGCUGCUGCCAUCAGGCGAAGCAGCAGAGGCGCUGAUGGAGCAGCGAGAGGGUUUGCUGCAAGCAGCACUUGGUGCGCUUGAGCCCGCAGCAGCAGCAGCAGCAGCAGCAGCAACAGCGGGGAGCAGCAGCAGCAACGCAGCACGAGGCAUUUUCCAAGCUGCUGUUAUGCUGCUGCUGCCGCUGCUGCAGUAUAACCCUAACGUAUAUACAGCAGAGACAGAGACAGCGGAAGUGCAGCAGCAGCAGCAAGAAGAGCAGCGUUUGCUGCUGCUGCUGCAGCAGCAGCCCUUGAAUGCGCAGCUCGUGCAGCAGCUGCUGCACGGCGCAUGCACCAGCAGCAGCAGCAGCAGCAGCAGCAGCAACGAGGACCUCAGUGUAUGUACACCGCAGGUAGUGGCUGCUGCUCUAGGGGAGUCUGCUGCUCGCUAUGGUCUCGUAAUGAAUGCGUUUGCUGCUGCACUUGUAGAUUUGCUGCAGCAGAGUGAAGCUUGCCUUGUCGUUCAAGCAAUUGCAAUUCUUCGGCGUUUGCUGCGAUUUUCGUUGCUGGGUGCUGCUCCUCUGCUGCACUCUGAUGCUGCUGCGCUGCUGAUGGCUCAGCAGCCCCCAGCAGCAGCAGCAGCAGCAGCAGCAGCAGGAGAUGCGCAGCAGCAGCCACAGCAGCAACAACUGCGACAGCUUCUCAGGGCACCGGAGAGACGCCCUGAGGCAGACCAACUUCAGGCCUUGAUGCCACAGGAGUCGGUGGGUGUGAAGGCGCAGCAGGCGGCAGCAGCAUUGCUGCUGGAGGCAGCAGCAACAUUUCCUGCUGCAGCAGCACCGCUGCUGCCGCUGCUGCUGGCUGCAGCAGAAGCGCUGCUGCAUGCAGAGACAGCAGCACUCAGGGAAAUAGGGGUGAGACUUGCUGCUAACUCUGUCGUUCUUUAUAACGUACAGCUGCAAGACCAGCAGCAGCAGCAGCAGCAGCAGGGGCUGCACGAGCAAGUGCUGCUGGAUGCAGCAGCAAAAGCGUUGAAGUGGUGCAGUGCUGCUGCUGCUGCAGCAGCAGACCCCCGCCUCAGGGCUGCAGCACUUUGGGGUGUUGCGAUGUCCAUUAGCGUGCAUGCGAGUGCCUCAGAUACGUCUGCUGCUGCUGCUGCUGCUGCUGCUGCUGAGACAGUUCGCCUUGCAACAGCACAAAUGAACGAUUCAGAGGCCGCAAUCAGAGAGGCUGCUAUUUACUGCUUCGGGGCUGUGAUGCGGUUCUACGGCCACUGCGAAGCUGCAGCAGCAGCAGCAGCAGCAGCAGACAGCUGGGGUGUCUUGACGGCGCAGCUCUGCAGCAGCGGAUCAAGAAAAGCAGCGUUAGAUGCACUGCUGAUGGUGCUUGACUCUGGAGCAGCAGCAGCAGCAGCAGCUAAUGCUGCUGCUAAUUCCGCUUCUGCUGCUGCUGCUGGAUGCUACGGGGAGGCAGCAGCAGCGGAGCGGCUGGUGGAGUUGCUGGCUGAGGCUGCGCAGCAGCAAGAGCAGCAGCAGCAGCAGCAGCAGCGUGCUGCAGCAGCAAAAUGUUUGCUGCUGCUGCUGCAGAGACACCCGAAACUGCUGCAGCGCCCCACAACGCGGGAUAUGGUGGUAAGGACUGCAGCCAAGC